AUGAUAAUUGUAUCUAUUCCAGUCUGCAUUUUGGGAUUAGCUGGAAAUGGAAUGGUCAUUUUGUUUCUCUGCUGUACAAUCAAGAAGAAUAAGUUCACUGUUUAUGUCAUGAAUAUAGCUAUUGCCGAUUUUGCUGUUCUUCUCUAUCUGUUUUGUUAUUUUUUGUUAUUUGUAGAACCAAUCCCUAUUAAUGUACACAUUUCACGUCUUAUACAGAUUAUGUAUAUUCUUGGCCGCAACUUCAGUUUCUAUAUAUUAACAGCUCUCUGCGUUGAAAGGUAUCUGUCAGUUUUUUUCCCUGUCUGGUGUCAACAUCACCGACCGAGGCAUUUCUCUGUUAUUCUUAGCAUUAUUUUGUGGGCCUUCUCAUGCCUGAUAUCACUUCUAGAAGAUUAUGCAUGCUAUCCAAGAUUCUACUCAUAUUUGUAUGAACAUGCUCUCUCUUGUGAUAUUGUAAUUACAUUUGAAAUGAGCCUUGGGUUCUUGAUUUUUAUUCCCAUUAUGGUCUUUUGCACUCUUAGUGUUUUUAUCAGAAAGGGGGGGGGAACACAGCAAAUCCCUCAAGCAUUGCUUGACAACACCAUCAUGGCAGUAGUUCUUUUGUAUCUUGUAUUUGAUCCAUCAGUUAGAAUUCUUGAGAUAAUAGACUAUUGGUAUGAUGAUAUAGUAAACAUACCAGUGUUUAUAACUUCUGUGAUAUUUGACUGCAUAACUAGCAGUAUCAACCCUUAUUUAUAUUUUGUCAUCGGAUGGUGGAACAGGCAGAGGGCCUGGGAAACUCUUGAUAUUUUUCUAGAGAGAGCUUUGAAAUAUGAAAGAACUGUGAUACAAAGAACACAAGCAGACCAAGAGAAGGCCUGA